CGCCGAAGACCGUAGAGCGUGCCCGGCGCCCUCGGGGUGCAGGGCCCGGACCGCUCGCUGUUGGGGCAGAGCCAACCCUUACCAUCCGGGAGCUUCCAGUCGAGUGGGGAGACAUACGCUGAUUAUGGAAGAUUCUCACAAGAGUAACACUUCAGAGACAGCACCUCAAUCUGGUUCCACAGUUCAGGCAGCUCAUAUUUCUCAUAUUGCUCAACAGGUAUCAUCUUUAUCAGAGAGUGAGGAGUCUCAGGACUCAUCUGACAGCAUAGGCUCCUCACAGAAAACCCACGGGAUCCUAGCAUGGCACCCAUCUUACAGAAAGAUUUUGAAAGACCUAUCUUCUGAAGAUACACAGGGCAGAAAAGGAGACGGAGAAAACCCUGGAGUCUCUGCUGUUAACGUCUAUGUCUGUUCCAACUCCCAUCUAUCAGACCAGCACCGGACACUACAUUGCCAUUGCCCCAAAUGGAGCCUUACAGCUGGCCAGUCCAGGCACAGAUGGAGUACAGGGCCUUCAGACAUUAACCGUGACAAAUUCAGACAGUACUCAGCAAGGUACAACAAUUCUCUAGUAUGCACAGACUUCUGAUGGACAACAAAUACUUGUGCCCAGCAACCAGGUUGUUGUACAAACUGCGUCAGGAGAUAUGCAGACAUAUCAGAUCCGUACUACACCUUCAGCUACUUCACUACCACAAACUGUGGUGAUGACAUCUCCCGUGACCCUUACAUCUCAGACAUCCAAGACAGAUGACCCCCAACUGAAAAGAGAAAUAAGGUUGAUGAAAAACAGAGAAGCUGCUCGAGAAUGUCGCAGAAAGAAGAAAGAAUAUGUGAAAUGCCUGGAAAAUCGAGUCGCAGUUCUGGAAAAUCAAAACAAAACUCUAAUAGAAGAGUUAAAAACUUUGAAGGAUCUUUAUUCUAAUAAAAGUGUUUGAUUCUUAAGAAGAAAAUAUUUUUGUGGACUUGCCUAAAAAUUAGAUGGAUUUCUUUUUAGUGGAGUUUUAUGAAUUAAAAGGUCAAAAAUGAAGCUUUUUAUUUAGGUUUUUACAACUCAAAGAGAAAUACCUUACACGAGAGAUCUGGUGACAGAGGAUAAAGUGGAAAAAGACCUCAAGAAAGUUACUGGCACAACUGGAAGCUCUGUAAAAAUUAAACAUACUCAAGAAACAUUUGAAAUGAACUUUCACCAAUUCGAAUUUUCUAAAUAACAAUAGUUGCCAAUAUUCCAAAAAUGGUAGAUAAGAUGAAAUUUGGUAAAUCAAAUCUUUAAAAAUAAAUCAUUUUACCCUUA